GCUUUGCUUGCUCCAAUGCCUGCUUUCUGAGUUGGAGAAGGAAAAAAGAGAAUUCGCUUGGCCGCUUGCUACCUGUAGAAAGGCCUGAGUUUUCGUACACAUGGAGCGGAAGCUCAAAGUGCCAAAAGGAGAAAAGAAAGAGGACCUGGGCUUUGCAUCUCUGCCAAUUUGCAGAUUCCGGAGGAAAUUAGUAGAGGCUGUUCGAAACCAUUCCUUUCUUGUGGUGACGGGUGAGACAGGCAGCGGGAAAACCACCCAGCUCCCAAAAUACUUAUUCGAAGAAGGUUUCGCCAAGCACGGCGCGAUCGGCGUGACGCAGCCGCGGCGGAUGGCUGCCACCUGUGUGGCACAGCGGGUGGCGGAGGAAAUGGACUGCCGGUUGGGCGGCGUGGUCGGGUACCAGGUUCGCUUUGAUGAAUGCGUCUCGGAGGAAACGUCAAUCAAGUACAUGACGGACGGCUGCUUGCUGAGGCAGAUUUUGGCAGACCCGCCUCUUUCUAAGUACAGUGUCGUGAUCCUCGACGAAGCUCACGAGCGAAGCCUGAGCACGGAUAUCCUGUUCGGUCUGCUGAAACAGAUGUUCCACGACAAAAAGCCGCCGGAGAGAAAGAAACCCCUGAAGGUGGUGGUGAUGUCGGCCACCCUGGACACCGGCAAGUUCUCCGAAUUCUUCGACGGCUGCUUGGUGGUGGAUAUUCCAGGAAGGAACUAUCCGGUCAAGGAGAUAUUCCGUGGUCUCCUAGGCCCCAAGGAUGCCAGCUGCUCUGCGUAUGUGACUGAGACUGUCAAAGUGACCUUGGACGUGCAUUUGAAUGGUUCGGCCGGCGACAUCCUGGUUUUUCUUACAGGUCAGUCGGAGAUCGAAAGGACCUGCCAGUUGCUUUUCCAAAAGGCGGAAUCGAUCGAUUACCGCUUCGACGUGAGAGACGGCUCGGUCGAAGGCCUGCUCAUCUUGCCGUUAUACGGCUCCAUGCCAAGUGAUCAACAGAGAAGGAUUUUUCUCCCUCCUCCGCCAGGCAUCCGGAAAUGUGUGCUGUCCACAAAUAUCGCAGCAACGUCUCUGACCAUUGACGGAAUCAGGUACGUGGUGGACAGCGGCUUCGUGAAGCAGUUGAACCAUAACCCAAGAGUGGGCUUAGACCUUCUGGAGGUCGUCCCCAUUUCCAAGAGCGAAGCCAUGCAGCGGGCCGGCCGGGCCGGCCGAACGGCGUCUGGAAAAUGCUACCGGGUGUACAGCAAGGAAUUCUGGGAGCAGUGCAUGCCUGACCACAUGAUCCCGGAAAUCAGGCGAACCAGCUUGACCUCUGUGAUCCUGACUUUGAAGUGUCUUGGCAUACAUGACGUCAUCCGGUUUCCGUAUUUGGACCGCCCAGAGGAGAGACGCAUCUUAGAAGCCCUGAAACAGCUUUAUCAAUGCGGUGCCAUCGACAGGAGAGGUCACGUGACCAAGCUCGGCGAGUUCAUGGUGCGGUUUCCCCUCCCGCCAAACCUGACUUGUGCCGUCAUCAAGGCUGCCUCUCUAGGCUGCGAAGACUUGUUGCUCCCGAUCGCGGCCAUGUUGUCUGUGGAAAACGUCUUCAUUCGGCCAGGAGAUCCUGAGAGACAAAAGGAAGCGGAGCUCCAGCACCGGGAGAUCUCUUCGCAAGUGGGAGGAUGUAACGACUUUGCGACUCUCUUGAACGUCUUCGAGCAGUGCAAGUCGAGCAAGUCCCCCUCAGUGUGGUGCCAAGAAAACUGGGUCCAUUGGAGAGCUGUGAAGCUGGCAUUUAGUGUGGAAGGGCAGCUCAGUGAGAUCGCCAGCAAGCUUAAGCAGCUGCCCGACUUCCCGAGGGAGCGGUUCCAUGGCUCCCGGAACGAAAUCCUGAGACGAUGCCUGUGUGCUGGCUAUUUCGCCAACGUCGCAAGGAGAUCCGUCGGCAAGUCGUUUUGCACCAUGGACGGCCACGGCAGCGUCGUCUACAUCCACCCUUCGUCAGCUCUCCGUGAUCACGAAGCCGAGCUGGAGUGGAUCCUCUUCCACGACGUCCUGGUGACUUCCAAGGUUUACUUGCGGACGGUGUGCCCCGUUCGCUAUGAGUGGGUCAAGGACCUGCUGCCCCGGCUGCACCAGAUCGACGCUUAUGAGCUGAGCAGCAUGGCCCGGGAGGAAGUGACGGAGGAGGAGAUGGCCAAGUGGAGGGAGAAGGAGGACCUCGAGGGGCGGAACGAGAAAACGUCCAACGAGCCCGCCAAGAAGAUGGAAAAGAGGAACGACGACCGAUCCAUACGGGACGCUCGCGCGCGGUACUUGGAGAGGAAGCAGCAGAGGCUGCUGGGAGCGAACGCCCCUCCGAAGGAGACGAGCUGACGUCGGCACCAUGCAGCCCUUUCUGCGCACCAUGAUAUAAGCAAACAACAAUCUUGCCAUCAAGAGCCGAAACGAAGCCUUUUGAAAUGAACACAUUUAAAUAUUUAGGGGCCUCACGUCUGGAGGUUUCUUCACUGUACAUCCAUUGACGUUUCCCUGGACUGUGCGCUUUGAAAUUGGCGUGGGACGACGUGAUCUGUUUUAAAGAAGUGUUUAAAAAGAGAGUUUACAAGCUUUUACGAUGUCCUUUUCACUUCACUGCGCUGUUACAUACACUGCUGUAUUUUUCUGCAGCAGGUGCUUUCGGAUUGUAAAACAUUCCUGUUUUGCUUUUACCAAAUAGUAAGGAAAUUAUUUUUGUACAUUUGUUAUAAAGAUCUGACGCGGCUCAAACUGAGCUCCUUGCUCUGCACACUGUGUGUGCAUUUAAUUUUUCCAUUCGGAGUUUAUAUCGACCAUGGUUGAUGGCAAUAUUCCCUUCGGGGGGACAAGAUACUUUUGUAUUGAGUUGAAAGCCCUGUUCUAGUUUCUUCUGCAAUUUUUUCCUGUAAGGAUGGCGAUGUAUUUAUCAGCUCUCCAGCGAGGAAGUUAAGUAAAGAUCCUUGGUGCA